AUGCAUCACGAGAAGCAUAUCCCACAGAAGAAGUUAGACUACGUCACAAAGCUCCAUGCUCUCUUCCGCAAGUACCACAAGGUUGUCGUUGUUACAUCCAUGAACGUUACAGCCAACCAGCUCCUCAACAUCCGUGCUGGCCUUGCUGAACACGGCUGCGAGGUUCUCUUCGGUAAGAACUCCCUUAUGCGCCGUGCUGUUGAUCAGCUCAAGGAAGAACUUCCAGGCAUCAGACAGCUCGAAGAACACCUUUACCACGGUGCUGGCCUUAUCUUCACAAAUGGCAACUUCAAGGCUAUCAAGGACGUUAUCGAUGCUAACUGCCUUGGUUCCGCUGCUAAGGUUGGUGCCAUCGCUCCAUGUGAUGUCAUUCUUCAGCCACAGCGCACAUCCAUGUCACCAAACGAUAUCAAGAUCCUCCACGCUCUUAACAUCCAGUGUAAGAUUUUCAAGGGCACAAUCGAAAUCACAGGUGAAAAGCAACUCAUCUGGGAAGGCCAAAAGGUUGGUGCCUCUGAAGCUAACAUCCUUAACAUCCUCGGCAUCAUGCCAUUCAAGUACACACUCAAGAUCGAGGCUCUCUACGAUCAUGGCAACAUGUACGACCCAUCCAUCCUUGCUAUCACAGAGGAAGUCCUCGGCGAGAAGUUCCGCACAGGUCUCCGCAACGUUACAGGCCUCGCCCUCGCUGUCGGCUACCCAUGCGCUGCUUCUGCUCCACACCUUGUCGGCUCUGCUUUCAAGGACAUUGCUGCCAUUGCUAUUGCUAUCGAGCACAACAUGAAGCAGAUCGAGGAUCUCCAGAAGCUCCUUUCCGAUCCAGAAGCCCUCGCCGCUGCCGCUAAGGCCGCCGCCGCUGCUGCUCCAGCUGCUGCCGCUGGUGAAGCUCCAAAGGAGGAGGCUAAGGAAGAGGAAGCUGCUGCUCCACUUGACCUUGGUGAUAUGUUCGACUUCUAA